AUGACGCUUGCCACCCUUUUUUUCUUUCUUCUUCUCGCCGGCUUGAGCCUGCUCCUUCUGGCGCAGCUGGUUGCUGUCAACGCUCUCGCCGGUCCGCUGGGAGGUGGUGCGCUUUCGCUUCAGGGCGAUCCGGAGGGGCUGUGUCGCGAAACUAACAGCGCUCACCAGAGAUCUCGCCCCUCGCCCAUCACAGCGCAGGCCUCGCACUGGCUACGGCUCUGGCUCCGGCUCUGGUGCCGUUCUGGCUCUGCUCUGGCUCCGUCCGUAUCUCUGCCACACGAUCUCUAUGACGAGAGCCAGCAGAGCGGGAGCGGCAGCGCGCGGACAAGGGAGACCGUCGAGAGGACGGGGGAGGGGUUGGGGCGGAAGGAAAAGCGUCAUCUUGUUUAA